CAGUGCAGUUCUUUGAGUUCAUUUCUCAAAGAAAAUGAUAACUUCAAGUCUUGAAGAGUCGCGGCCAAGGCCGAGUCGAAAGACAGCUGUUCGCAAGCAGCAGCAGCAAUUAUUGUUUACCUCUAACACUUAGCUGUUACGGGUUGUUCGCCACAUGUUUAGGAGCCACAGUGUCAAACAGAGCUUCAGGGAGCUAUCAGGAGAGUCAAGCCCUCUGGCUUAGAGCUGUUCUCCUGUUCAGAGGUUACAUGGCCUUUGGGUUCCUCUGCUGGAUGGGAUUGUAGGACUGUACAAGGCCUUUGCCCCCGCACAGCAGGGUCAUCCUUGGACGUGUCAGGGGAUAUCUCCAGCUUAUCUGUUCCUGCUAUGACUUACUGGUUAAUGUUCACUCGGCUGCCAUGAAUCAAGGUUCAAAGGUCACUUUAAAAAGAGGGGAACGCCGAUUUCUCAGGGCUGAAUGUGAAAGCAGAAGCGUGACAGGUAAAGAGACAGAGUAAGGAUAUAUGCAAGGCAAGAGAGCUUAUGAUGGAGGUCACACAAUUUCAGAAGAUUGGCAUUGGCCUUACAGGGUUUGGAAUGUUUUUUGUCCUUUUUGGUGUAAUGCUGUACUUUGACUCAGUCUUGUUGGCAUUUGGAAAUAUCCUCUUCCUGGCUGGGUUGGUCUUUAUCAUCGGCCCCAGGAGGACCGCCCAUUUCUUCUUCCAGAGGCAGAAGUUUAGGGCAUCUUCCUUCUUUCUCGGGGGUGUGGCUCUGGUCCUGCUCCGUUGGCCAAUCAUCGGCAUGCUUGUGGAGAGUUAUGGCUUUGUUCUUUUGUUCAGGUCAUUCUUUCCAAUGGUUUUUGGAUUUGUGUUCUCAAUAAUAAAUAAUCCAUUCCUUGAUGCGUUGUUCAAAAAACUGUUCGGAAGCAACACCUCUAUGGUUUGAAUGAGGAAAAAAAAAUGCAUUUGUAUUAUUAUAGAAAUGAGUUGUAUUUAUUAUUAAAUAUGUAUGUAAUC